GAAGCGUACAAGAAACGGUCCCGAGCCACCUAGUAUGCAAGCUUGCCAUGGCUUCCAAUUGCUUCCUCCCUCCACAACUUCAACACCGACUCGAGCCAUAAGCAGAUUCCAGAAUUGUCACUGAUCUGGACGUUCCGUUCAUCAGGACGCCAGCAAAGAAAGCGGGUCAUCAGAGAACAUCAGAGAAACUCUUCGUGCUCAGUGCGAGCCAAAGGCAAUUGCAAUGGCGGCGGUUGCUAUGGAAGUCAGCCUUCCUCAGAAAGUCCACGCUAUCCGGGAUGAGGAGUCCGAGGAUCUGUACGCAGGGUUCAAGAAGCUGCAGAGGCAGCUGGAGUUUCUGGACAUCCAGGAGGAGUACAUCAAAGAUGAGCAGAAGAACCUGAAGCGGGAGCUGCUGCGUGCACAGGAGGAGGUGAAGCGUAUUCAAUCGGUGCCGCUGGUAAUUGGGCAAUUCUUGGAGAUGGUCGAUGCAAACAACGGGAUUGUGGGAUCAACAACGGGGUCCAAUUACUAUGUGCGCAUCUUGAGCACCAUCAACCGCGAGCUCCUGAAGCCCUCCUCCUCAGUUGCCCUCCACCGGCACUCCAACGCUCUCGUUGACGUGCUGCCGCCGGAAGCAGACUCCAGCAUCUCCCUGCUAAGCCAGUCAGAAAAGCCAGACGUAUCAUACUCGGACAUUGGGGGAAACGACAUCCAGAAGCAGGAGAUCCGCGAGGCUGUUGAGCUGCCUCUUACUCACCACGAGCUGUACCGUCAGAUUGGGAUUGAUCCCCCGCGGGGGGUGCUUCUUUAUGGACCUCCUGGGACAGGCAAGACCAUGCUGGCCAAGGCCGUGGCCCACCACACAACAGCGGCGUUCAUUCGGGUAGUCGGCUCCGAGUUCGUUCAGAAGUACCUGGGGGAGGGUCCUCGGAUGGUCCGGGACGUCUUCCGAUUGGCCAAGGAGAACGCUCCUGCCAUCAUCUUCAUUGACGAGAUCGACGCGAUUGCCACCGCCCGGUUUGAUGCGCAGACUGGGGCUGACAGGGAGGUGCAGAGGAUCCUCAUGGAGCUGCUCAACCAGAUGGACGGCUUUGACCAGACGGUGAAUGUGAAGGUGAUCAUGGCCACCAACCGUGCCGACACCCUAGACCCUGCCCUGCUGCGGCCCGGGCGUCUGGACAGAAAGAUUGAGUUCCCCCUGCCUGACCGGCGGCAAAAGCGGCUGGUAUUCCAGGUGUGCACCGCAAAGAUGAACCUGAGUGAUGAAGUGGAUUUGGAGGACUACGUGUCUCGGCCGGAUAAGAUCAGCGCAGCAGAGAUCCACGCAAUCACCCAAGAAGCGGGUAUGCUAGCGGUGAGGAAGAACAGGUACGUCAUUCUGCCCAAAGAUUUCGAAAAAGCGUACAAGUCGAACGUAAAGAAGUCGGAUACGGAUUUCGAGUUCUACAAGUAGAGAGACAUCAAGCAAGCGCAUGCAUAUACUGAAUGGGUCUGGCAGUACAAGCUUCUCUGAGAUUGACUUCCUGACUUACUCAACUCCAUGAGAAACAUGCAUGUGGGUCUCAGGCAAUGAAGCAGUAUGAGUGCGUCCCGUUGCACUUUAACAAGUGCACCCUGAGUGGACAGAUGCUCAAUCCAGGCAUGGCUAUGCAUCUGAUAGCUAUAAUUUUCGCUUCC